GGAUGCUGGCGUACCACGCUAUUCGAAUUCGAUUUCUUCGGGCAUCUACGGAGAACAGCAGGCUCUGCAACAACCUCCUGCUUCAACUACGUCACAACUUUCACCAUCCGGGGGCCGUGUUGGAGCGGAAAAGCCAACGAAUGGGGAUGGGCAUGAACAUGAGCAAGGCUUGCUCCAUACCUACUUGCCGAAACUCGAUUCCGGGCAUCAACAUGUACUGAAUGUCGAAGGACGAGAACAAGAAAUGAACCAACACCAACAGGUAGGACCACUUCAAGUAGAACUCGAGUACAGAGCUCACCAGCCUCAACAGCUGCAACAGCACGAAUACAACACGACCCGGACACGAUUCGCGACCCCGGGCACCUCUCCGAUGUCGAGUCAGGGUGACAGCUGUUCCUUUGCUGUCUCUGAGAUUGCACCGGAAGAAAGUGGUCUACCGGAGAUGGUGUUGGUGGCGGGUUCCGGCGAUCAGCCUGAGCAGGAGUUUCUCUUCGACGACGCGCCCUCGCCCACGAGUGAAAGUUUGUUAGAGGAUGCUCCUACGUCGACACGUGAAAAGAUCUACAAAUUCUGGAGAGCAACUUCAAAAACUGAGCCCGCGGAUGAGGUAGAUGUGGACGAUAGCACAAAAGCAAAACAAGAUGAAGUUC